AACGGGGGACGCUCUCCACGCGCGUGAGGCGGGCUGGCGGCGUCCGGGAGCGAUGGAGCACGACCGGGGAGAAUUGGUGUCUGCCUUCUGCCACAAAACUUCAUCUUUGGAGCGGAUGGAGGAGGAAGGCAAUGAGGAGGAGGAGGAUGAUGAAUUGGACAUCUUUGGGGGUUAUGACAGCCUCACGUGCUACAACAGCAGCAUGGGCAGUGACAGCAGCUCCUGUCUGGAGGAGUCUAGCGACGAUGAGCUGGCAGACCGGGAAGCUGGAGAGCUUUCGACCUCUCUGAUGCACCAGCCAUCCACAGGCCGCCUCACAGAAGACAGUGGCUCCGAGCCAGCUGUGUGUGAAAUGUGUGGAAUUGUGGGCACCAGAGAGGCUUUCUUCUCCAAGACCAAGCGUUUCUGUAGCGUCUCCUGCUCCAGGAGCUACUCCUCAAAUUCCAAAAAGGCCAGCAUCUUAGCUAGACUGCAGGGGAAACCACCAACAAAGAAAGCUAAAGUUCUGCACAAGGCAUCCUGGUCAGCCAAGAUCGGGGCUUUCCUGCAUUCACAGGGCACGGGACAGCUGGCAGAUGGGACACUGACAGCACUCGUCCUGGGCUUUGACUGGGGAAAGUACCUGCAGGAGCACAGCUACAAGGCAGCUCCUGUCAGUUGCUUCAAACAUGUGCCACUCUUCGAUCAGUGGGAUGAUGUGGUGAAAGGUAUGAAAGUGGAAGUGCUGAACAAUGAUGCUGUGCUCCCCAGCCGUGUGUACUGGAUUGCAUCUGUCAUCCAGAUUGUAGGAUACAGGGCUCUUCUGCGGUAUGAAGGCUUUGAGAACGAUGCUGGUCACGACUUCUGGUGCAAUUUGGGCACAGUGGAUAUUCACCCCAUUGGCUGGUGUGCCAUCAACAGCAAAAUCCUGGUACCACCACAAACUAUCCAUGCCAAGUACACUGACUGGAGAAGUUACCUCAUGAAAAAACUGGUGGGAGCUAGGACCAUCCCAGUGGAUUUCCACAUGAAGAUGGCGGAGAGCAUGAAGUACCCGUUUCGGCAGGGCAUGCGGGUCGAGGUGGUGGAUAAGAACCACGUGUCCCAGACACGAAUGGCAGUGGUGGACACAGUAAUUGGGGGCAGACUGAGACUCCUCUAUGAGGACGGUGACAGUGAUGAUGACUUCUGGUGCCACAUGUGGAGUCCCCUCAUCCAUCCCGUGGGCUGGUCACGGAGAGUGGGCCAUGACAUAAAGAAGGCAGAAGAAAAGCGUAAUGACAUGGCAAACCAUCCCACCUUCCGGAAGAUUUACUGUGAUGCUGUCCCCUAUCUGUUUAAGAAGGUACGAGCUGUCUAUUCAGAAGGUGGAUGGUUUGAGCGAGGCAUGAAACUGGAAGCCAUUGACCCCCUGAACCUGGGCAACAUCUGUGUGGCCACUGUAUGCAAGGUUCUCUUGGAUGGGUAUCUCAUGAUCAGCAUUGAUGGAGCAACAUCUGAUGAUGGCUCUGACUGGUUCUGCUAUCAUGCCUCCUCACAUGCCAUCUUCCCUGCCAACUUCUGUAAGAGGAACAACAUUGAACUGACCCCUCCAAAAGGGCAUGAUGCAAAGACAUUCAGCUGGGAACGUUACCUGGAAGAGACCAAAUCCAGACCUGCUCCAUCACGUCUCUUCAACACAGACUGUCCGAACCAUGGCUUCAAGGCAGGCAUGAAGGUGGAGGCAGUGGACCUGAUGGAACCCCGGCUGAUCUGUGUGGCCACGGUGAAGCGUGUAGUCCAGCGUCUCCUUAGCAUCCAUUUUGAUGGCUGGGACAACGAGUAUGACCAGUGGGUGGACUGCGAGUCUCCAGACAUUUAUCCUGUGGGAUGGUGUGAGCUGACAGGCUACCAGCUUCAACCACCAGUGGUUCCAGGAAAAAAGUUACCUGCCAAAGCCCGCAGUGUCAAGCAGCCUGUCAAGAAGCCUUCUGCCACGAAUUCAAAACGAGAAGCAAAAGCUGCCAGCCAGGCUUUGCCAGAACCAGCACCUGAUGAGAUCAUUGCUGUACGGGUGAAAGAAGAAACCAUUGACCCUUCAGAUGCAGAAUUUGGAGAGACAGGGCUUCCUGUUCCUAUCAGCAGCAUAAAGCAGGAGGACACAGACUGAUUUGGAGCAUUCCCUAGCUGCCCACGGCAGCUUCACCUUGUGGCUCUUUAGGGAAGGUCCUGGCAAAAGGAAACAGGACCAAAAGGGCCUUCCCUUUUUAAAGCAGACCACCCUGCAGCAUCAUAACUCUGCUUCCUGGUGUGCAAGAAAAUUUCCCCCAGACUUGUAAUAUUAAGCCCUGGGAAACAGCAGAAGGACUGCAGGCAUGCUAAGGAGCAUGACCAGGGUGGCUGCUGUGGUUGUGCAUGCCUGAUUUUGAAGGCACCUUUUGGAGCAGGAGCUGGAAACAGGGAAAGAGGCUGCUGGAGCAUAAAAGGCCAGUUUGGGUUCUUGGCUGUGGCUGGAGGUGACAAGCUGCUGUCCAACGUGAUGAGUACAAGAUGUAUCAGGAAAGGAGCUGCCCCAUAGGACUUUGGUGCUGUGCUCUCUGGUCUAAGCGUUACAAACCUCAAGAAAAUCGGGACGGGAAGAGUGGAAAGAGGUGAAGAAGCAAAAAAAGAUGAUGAUGCCUGCUGAAGAAAUGAGAACUUUUUUCAUAGAAUCAUAGAAUGGUUUGGGUUGGAAGAGGGCCUUAAAGAUCUCAAGAUCCUCCUCAUCUAGUUUCAAUACCCCUGCUGUGGGCAGGGACACCUUACACUAGAGCAGGUUGCCCAGAGCCCCAUCCAACCUGGCCUUGAACACUUCCAGGGAUGAGGCAUCCACAACUUCCUUGGGCAUCCUGUUCCAGCGCCUCACUACCCUCACAGUAAAGAAUUUUUUUCCUAACACAUAAUCUAAAACUACUGUUUUUUUGGUUUGAACCCAUUCCUCCCUGUGCUGUCACUACAUGACUUGUAAAUGGUCUUGUCCCAUCUUGCCUGUAUGUUCCCUUCAGUAGCAGGAGACGGCAGUUAGGUUACCUUGAAGCCCUUUUUCCAGAGUGAACAAUCCCAAUUCUGUCAGCCUUUCCUUGUAAGAAGAGGUGCUCCAUCCCUUUAAUCAUUUUGGUGGCGUCCUCUGGACUUGGUCCAACAGGCCUUUAUCCUUUUUGUGCAGAGGACCUCAGAGCUGGAUGCAGCACUGCAGGUGGGGGUCUCACCAGAGCAGAGGGGGAAAAUCCCCUUCCUCACCCUGCUGGAUAUGCUGCUUUUGAUGCUUUCACUCAUCUCUUAAUGCUUAAUUGGCUUUCUGGGCUGUGAGUGCAUAUUGCUGGGUCACAUCCAGCCUCUCAUCCACCUGUAUCCCCAAGUCCUUGGAAGGACUGCCCUUGGUCCCUUCAACCCUCAGCUUGUGUUGAUAUAGGGGUUGCCCCAACCCAGGUGCAGGACUUUGCACUUGGUCUUAUUAAGCCUCAUGAGAUUUCCAUGUGCCCACUUUAGAGUCUGUUCAGAUCCCUAUGGCUGGCAUCCCAUCCUUCAGGUGAGUGAAGAGCACCACUCAGCUUGGUGUUAUCUGCAAGCUUGGUGAGGGUGCAUUUUAUCCCUUUCUCUGUGUCAUUAAUGAAGACAUUAAAUAACACUGGUCCCAAUACAGAACCCUGAGGGACUGAUGCCCAUUGGGACUCUGAGCUGUUGACCACUACCCUCUGAAGGCAACCAUCCAAACAGUCCACCCAUGGAAUCCAUCACUCCAGUUUGGAGAAUAGUUGUAGGAGGCUGUGUCAAAGGCUUUACAGUAGUCCACCUGGCUCUAGAAGCUCUCCUCCAUGCAUUGCAGGAGUCUCCUGGAUUGCCUGCAGUUUGCCUUAGUACUUCCCCAGUGCACAUGAAGGUGGCUGAAAUCCUUCCAACAUGACUGGAGUGUGUGAGCACGAUGCCUCCUGAACUGGGGCAAGAAGGCUUUGUCAAUAGGCUCUCCUUGGUCAGGCAGCUGUAGCAGACCCCAGCCACAAGGUUCCCUUUGAUGUCUCAGUGUCUGAUCUUUCCCAAGUCUUUCAACCUGCUCAUGGCUGUUCUUCAGGGACAGCUCUUCACACUCCAGGUACCUCUUGAUGUAGAGGGCAACCCCUCCACCUUUCCCUCCUUUCUGUCUCUUCUGAACAGCUCAUAGCCAUUGAUUGUCACACAAUUUGUUCCACCUAAUUUUAUUAAUGGCAGCAAGGUCAUAACUUCAGCAAGGUGGCUUCUCCUUUGGUUUGUUGCCUAUGCUGUGUGCAUUGGUAUAAAGGCACCUUGGCCAGCCUGUUGGCUGCAUCACCUUCCUAGAGGAACACUCCUUAAUUCCUUUGAGAUUACAACUUCCCUGUUGGCUUCUGUUACCUCAGGAAUCCCUGGCUCACCUCUGUAAGGCUCCCAAGUGUGCUCCCCUGUGUCUGCUACCUCUUCAAGUCACCUGCAGAGAGACUUGCUAGCACCCUGUCCCUCUAACCUUUUCAUACCAUCCUACAGCUUGCCAGAGAAGAACCUGAAAUUGUCCCCCUUAUAUCUUGUUUAAUCAAGAAGAAGUUUAGGAAGAUUUACCACUACCAUAAACACCUUCAGUGGUAGCUCUUUGAUGCUCACCUUGAGGCACAGUCAAGGAACACCUUUCACUGCACUGAUUGGUAUUAUCUACACCCAUGGAAGCCAUGGAACUUUGGACCUCACCUGCACUGAGUUCUUUAGUUUAAACCCAUCUAUCUCACCAAAUUAGGUAGACUGCUUCCAAAAAUUCUCUUACCAUUUACAGACAGGUAGAUCCCAUCCACCUAAUAUGUUACAAUUAUUAAAGCACACCCACCCUAAUAUGUUUACAAUCAUUAAAGCACACACUAUUGUCACAAAAGCAAAAACCUCCAUGGCCCCAGCCUCAAAAUCAGAUGUUCAUCUGCAGUAUAUAUCUGCUUCUGUCAUUUCUUGCUUUUAAACCAAGAACUGCAGAAGACUUGGACUAUGGUUUGAGUUUUUAAUUACUUUAACAGUUGUACUGUAAAUUUGAUCUACAAUCUGUACCCUAAAACCCUGUGACCAGCUUCAGGAAGAGGCCCAAGGCUUGCAUAUCGCUUUCCUGGCCACCAAAAUGCAGUUAGUCAAAACAUAUCUUUACCUGUAAAUUUAUCUUUUGAAGCCUUUUCAAUUUAAACAAACUUUAUAGGUCCCAACCUGUGCAGUCAUGUGGAAUAGCUUGAGCACAUUCCUUAUCACGGGAUCACUUACGGAUCACUGAUCAAAUUCUGCAGGAAAUAAAAAGGCUUCUAUGUGCAUAUGUUUUAAUUCUGAGGAACUGCUGGGAAUUAAGGCAAUGUUUUGACUAAUAAUUUUUAAGCUUUCUGGCAUAAGACUUGUGCUAGUG